CGGGUGUGCUUCACUUUGCUGGACAAGGUCCUGGAGGAGUUCUCCAGGCAGGUGAGCAGGGCAGACUGGCCCUCGGGGUCUCCUGCCACCAUCAGCUAUGCAGCUCUGGAUGGAUACCUCAGCAAAUACCAGAACCCCCGUGAUGCCGACCCAAUGACCAGAGUGCAGGCAGAGCUGGACGAGACCAAAAUAAUCCUGCACAACACUAUGGAGUCGCUGCUGGAGCGAGGGGAGAAGCUGGAUGAUCUGGUGUCCAAAUCAGAGGUGCUCGGGGUCCAGUCCAAAGCCUUCUAC